GUAAUUACUUACGUAAAUUGUGACAAUAAUAUUGAGAAUUUCGACCUGGGCCAGGCCCAUAGAAAUGUGCUUUUCCUCUCAGGAUAUGGAGUGUCACCGACAGAUAAAGUCAGUCCACGCAAUUCGUGUUGACUUCAAGUGAACAUGUUAAUUGUUAGAGGUUCAUAACAGUCGUUUACAAAGAACAGAAUGUUUCAUAAGGAUUUGUUUCAUAACAGUAGCACUGAUCAACAUGAUCAAGCUCGACGGGUCGGCCAGGCAGGGCGAGCGGUCUACGGUGUGCGUCGCUAAUCCAUCUACGGAGCUCGGAGUACUACCAACAGCUAUCCAGUCCCGUGUGAUCAUACAUACUAGACUUCUUCAUGUCUACUGCAUACAUUAAUUGGCAUCGCAUCAUUUUUAGUGAGCUUGUUCUAGAUUUCAGUCAUCGUUAUUUUUCACUCUUGAUGAGAAUAACUUGCUCAUGUUAUAAUUCACAAGUCAUGAUGAUGCAAGUCAACUGAUCUAAAACUAGGCCCUACCAUAGACGUAGUUAUACAACUAAUAAUGAACUACAUGUAGGCCUACAAGAUAAUGUUUGUUUCAACCAAGACGGAGUAGCCUACACGAAAUUGAUUAAUGCGAUGGGGAAUCUGUGCUGUGCAAUUGAAUUCAUUUGAAUAUGUCGCCAUGGUCGUUUGUUUAAGCGAUACAAAUAUUUUUCUACACAAUGGAACUGGAAGAUUUAGCCACAGAAGCAUUCAGGCGAUCAAAUUUUGAGCUUGCCAGUGACCUAAUUGAUCGGCUUUUGGAAAAACAGGGACAUAAUAUAGAAUUUCUUCUCAUGAAAGGCGAUUCUCUUGCCAAUAUGGGGAGGCUCAAUGAAGCGUUGAGCGUGUACUCCCAUGCGUUUCGCAUGGGAGACAUCAGCAGUGAUAAACUUCAUGGAUUUGUUAAUGCCUUGGUGAAAAAUCUUAGCCAAAAUGCCGGGCGUGACAUCUCAAAAGAUCUUGGAAAGUUUUCCUGUUCUGUGUGCCGUGGACUUCUUUCCAAACCAACAACUCUCCUUUGCGGACACACAUUUUGUAAAACUUGUAUUGAACACCAAUCAAAACGUUCUUGUGUUAUAUGUAAGUUCCCAUACAGUUCUAAUGGCAGUAAAUGUAAAAAACUGACUCUAAAUGUUACUCUUAGUGAUCUUAUUUUGAAGUACUUUCCCCAUGAAGUAAAGUCUCAGGAAAUUAAAUCAGCUGGUAAUGAAUUAUUCAAGCUUGGCAGACAUUCAGAGGCAAUGGAGAAAUACAGCUUAGCAAUAAAAACAGCACCGGGCGAUCACCUGUGUCUCAGCAACAGGUCCCACACUUACAAUGUCCAAGGUCUCUACAGUGAAGCCUUGCAAGAUGCCACUAAAGUAUGUCAGAUGAGACCUGACUGGGCAAAGGGCUUCUACAGGAAAGGAACAGCAUUAGUAGGCCUAGGCCGGCAAGAAGAAGGACUUGAAGCUUUCUCCAGGUGUCUCACAUUGGAUCCAUCUUUUCAUUCUGCAAAGGUCUCCCUCACCAAGGUCCUCCACACACUACUUCAGCCUGUCGAUGCAAGCAGUGUGAAAGCCAACGAGAUGCAACGAUCCCCGUCCCUGAGUAAGCUGUAUCUCAAUGAGGCAGUUGAUGAUGGGCUUGAGGAGGUGAACAGAGUGGAAGAACUGAGUGGUAGAAUGGGACCAGGAGAGGAGAGAGAAGAUGGGAAGAGACAGGAGAGUCCUAUCAAGCAUAAUGUAAAUACAGGCACAACCCUCGACCGAAGGAAAUUCUCACCGGUGGAACGAAAAUAUACCAAAAAGCGCCUACCAAGUCAAACGGAUGAGCAAAUUCACCCUUUCACAGACGGCUCGUCUCCUGAUGCCAAAAACCAGAGUAAACGGUUCAAGAAGUGUCCCUUAAGUAUGCUAGAGAAGAAGGGAUGCGGCGAGAAAGAACAAAUUGUGAAACCGGGGCCAGGAUAUACUAUACCCACCGACAUGAUUGAGAAAACAGACUUUGAAUGCAGUCUGUGUCUAAGGUUGUUCUAUCAACCUACUACUACUCCAUGCGGCCAUACUUUCUGCCGAGGAUGUUUGGAUCGUUGCCUUGACUACAGCCAGUCUUGUCCUCUUUGUAAGCAGUCUUUAAGUGAGUACCAAGCAGUUAAUCGAGAUAAGAAAGUAACAUACAUCUUGCAAGAGCUUAUGGAGUCCUUCCUAUCAUCAGAUUAUGCUGAGAGGCAACAGAUUCAUAGAAAAGAACUUGACCAAGUAGCCAGUCAUGCAUUCCAAGAUGGAGGCACAAUUCCUGUAUUUGUGUGCACCAUUGCCUUACCCACAAUUCCCUGUCCUCUCCAUGUAUUCGAGCCACGAUACCGUCUGAUGAUACGUCAAGCUAUGGAAUCUGGAGCAAGACAGUUUGGGAUGUGCAUCUCUGAUGAUGAAAAUGAAUUUGCGGAAUACGGCUGCAUGUUGGAGAUCAACCAGCUGGAGUACCUUCCCGAUGGCAGGUGUGUCCUGGGGACAGUCGGAGGUAGGAGGUUCAAGGUCCUGGAGCGAGGAAUGAGGGACGGCUACAACACUGCCAAGGUGGAGUUCUUGAAGGAUACCAUUGCAGAAGGUGAAGUUGGAAGCGAGUUGCGGGCUUUGAAUAAUUCGGUUUACCAACAAGCUCGUACGUGGUUUGUCAAUCUGCCAAUCUACCACCAGACUCGCAUUGUUGAUCAUUUUGGUCCCAUGCCUCAACAAGCCAGUGACCCUCAGGCAAGUUUCAAUGGCCCACAGUGGCACUGGUGGCUCCUCGCCAUCCUCCCACUCCACCCGAGGGUCCAGCUCUCCAUCCUCUCCAAGACCAGCCUGAAGGAGCGGCUCCAGGUCCUCCAACGCAGUCUCACACGCAUGACCAACAUCCCCUCCUGACUACCAUUCUCCCGCUCCAUCGCAUCAGCCCUCUGGCCCUGGGGUCCAUGGGGGCGUUUCUCGCCCGUUCUCUUUUUCCUUAUCAUUGGGCUUGUGCUUGGACUCUUGGGCCAUCUGGUGGAUCUGAUCUUUUGAAACUGAAAACCCAAAGACAUUCGAGGGCGCUGUUGAAUAGCUAGUUCCUCAGAGAGAGGCUCGUAGUUUUAACUCAGAGAUGGCUAUGAAAAGAAUGCCCAUGAAGAAGAGGGAAGUGGUUCAAUGUCCCACGUGAAGUGCUACUCUUACAAUCUUGGACCAACUAUCUUCAUCUUGAACUUUAGGAUAAGCUUGGAGAUUCCUUGAGAGAUUUAGAGACUGGUUUGUAAUACUUAUUGACGGCUCUGAAAUGCCACAUAACAAUACAUUAACUGAAAGAGACUCAUGAAUAAUUCCAAACUGUGAUGAUCACACCCCUACAUACUGAUCUUCUUUUGUAGUGACCAGCUUGUUCCACAACCUGAAUCCAACACUGCUUAUUUUGAAAUGGCGAUACAGCGCCACUCUGGAGCUGCUUAUGUUACUUCUCUAAGUGUCAAAGAUCACCAGAGAUCAAUGGGAAAUAAGAUUGCCUAUGAUGCCAUUGGCAGUUUUAUGGAUAUCAGUCGUAGGAUUGCAGGAAUGAGGAGCAUUUGAGGAAAGACGGAAGGACUG